GAAAUGUCAAAAUUCCAAAUUCUGAUCCGUCAGAGAGAUUAUCAGAAACAAACCUAACCUAUAUUAAUAUUAUAAAUAUACAAAAUAACAAAUUUAAACAUUUAAAUUAAAUUCACAAUACGAUGGCGUCUCGCCAAAUAACGGAUAAAUCAUUGUCUAUGUUAAGAUCUUUACCUAGGAUUUCUCUUGCUAACAUUCGUGACAAUCCUGGAUCUCGAAAAACACAAAAACGAGGUCGUGGUCAGCAUGGUGGAGACAAACAUGGUGCUGGCAACAAAGGUUCUGGGCAACGACAGAACUACAUGAGAUUAGGUUAUGAAACUGGAAAUAAUCCAUUCUAUUUGCGUGUUCCACAAGAACAUUAUUAUAGAGGACACCACAUGAAAAGAGAAUAUCCACCUUUAUCAUUGCACUCGUUGCAAAAAUUAAUUGAUACUGACAGGUUGGAUGUAACAAAAGCUAUAGACAUUGCUAGUAUAGUUAAAUCAGGGGGUUACUUGUUCCACCCUGACCAGAAGCAAUUUGGAAUUCAUUUGACAGAUGAAGGAGCAGAUAUUUUUGCAGCAAAGAUAAACAUUGAAGUGCAAUGGGCCAGUGAAUUAGUUAUAGCUGCUAUUGAGAGAAAUGGUGGAGUUAUAACAACAGCAUACUAUGAUCCUCACAGCCUGUUCUUGUUGAAAAACCCAAAGAAAUUCUUUGAAUCAGGACAAGCUAUUCCGAGAAGGAUGAUACCUCCCCCUGAUGCCAUUGAAUACUACACCAGUGCUGAAACACGAGGAUACUUAGCUGAUCCAGAAAAAGUAUCCCAGGAGAGGUUAAAAUUGGCACAAAAGUAUGGAUACCAAUUGCCUGAGAUUGAAAAGGACUCAAUCUAUGAUAUGCUAUGUACAAAAAAGGAUCCAAGACAGAUAUUUUUUGGUCUUGAACCAGGAUGGGUUGUCAACUUGAAAGACCAAUGUAUUUUAAAACCUAAAGAUGAAGAAUUACUUAGAUUCUACUCAAUGUAAAUAUUUAAAGAACAAUAUGUGUAGAAAUAUUUCUUUUAUGAAUUAUAAGAUAACAUGUAAAUUGUAAGUAAAAUAUCUCAAAAUCCAUUUAGUAGUUUUAAAUAUAUAAUCAGACAUAUAUCUGUCUAUGUAGUCAAAGACUGAGACAAGUAUUUAGCUUAUAAUAAUUAUGUUACUUAAUUUAAAUGAUGCAGAUAAUGACAGUUAUGGCAGUCUAAAAAGACUGGCAUAAAAAUGUUAAUGCAAGCAACACAUACUAAAUAUAAUAUGUUAUAUUCCAAUUGAAAGUUUGCAGUAAGUCAUCCUUAUUUAGUAGACUCAUCAAAAUUUUAUUAAAAAUGUAAAACAACAUCAAUAUUAAAUGUGUAAUUUUCUUAAAAUUCGCAAUAUACCUUAAGAAAAUUAAGCUACUUUAUGACUAUAUACAAAUAAAACUAUAUAUUUAG